AUGACUUCAAUCGAAUUGCCCGCAGCUGCGGACUUCCACGUCCAUCUUCGUGAUGGCAGCAUGAUGGAAACCGUUGUACCCACUAUUAAGAAGGGUGGCGUUUCUCUCGUCUAUGUUAUGCCAAACCUCGUUCCUCCGAUUACUACGGUCGAGCAAGCUUUAUCCUACCAUGCGAGGCUUCAGGCUAUUGAUAGCUCCGUGACUUACAUGAUGACACUCUACCUCUCCCCCGAAAUUACCCCCGCUGUCAUUGCCGAGGCCGCCAAAACAAAUGAGAUUUUCGGUGUUAAAUCCUAUCCCAAAGGACUUACUACCAAUUCUGAGAGCGGUGUUGUCUCGUAUACACAGUAUUAUCCUGUAUUCGCUGCAAUGGAAGAGCAUGACUUAGUUCUCAACCUCCAUGGUGAAUCCCCAUCGUCGGAGACCACUACAGUCCUCAAUGCCGAAGAAACUUUCCUCCCAACCCUAUUCGACAUCCAUGAAAAGUUCCCCAAGCUCCGCAUUGUCCUUGAACACUGCACUACUGCUGCGGCAGUCGAGGCCGUCAAAAAAUGUGGUCCUACAGUUGCAGCAACUAUCACUGCUCACCACCUAUACUUGACUAUUGAUCAAUGGGCCGACAACCCGCACUGCUUCUGCAAGCCUGUUGCAAAACUUCCUUCAGAUCGUGCAGCACUUGUUAAGGCUGCUACAUCAGGAAAUCCGAAGUUUUUCCUUGGAACCGAUUCCGCACCGCACCCUAAAUCUGCAAAGGUGGGUACUGCAACUGGAAAAACUGCGGCGGGUGUGUUUACGCAGCCGUAUGCGGUGCAGUAUAUUGCUACUGCGUUUGAUAGGGCGGGGAGGGUCGAUAUGCUGAAGGGAUUUGCGUGUGACUUCGGGAGAGCAUUUUACAAGAUCGUAGAGAAGGGUUUGGGCAGCAAGGAUGGUGGGGUCAUUGUGCUGAGUAAGGAUCCGGGGGUAGUUGUGGUUGACACGAUCGGAGCAGGUGAGGGGGUUGUCGUGCCGUUCCACGCAGGGGAGAAAAUUUGGGGUUUGCAGUGGAAGGCGUAG